UAAUAUUUGAAAAAGUUAGAACAUUCUUUUAAAAAAUAUCUUAUAUUCUAUUUAAGGUAAUUUGUGUAGAAAGUCGGAACAAAUAAAUCUUUGCCUGAAAAGGUGGCCAAGUCAUUUUGAAGAACGGGAACGCGUGUUCGUCAGCAUGGUUUACAGGGAGAAGCGGGUAAUGUUGAUCAUUUCAAAUUCCACCUGAUUCCAGAAUUUUGAUGGAAUCCGUAACCCAAACCCCAUUCGUGUGAAUGCAUUUGCAAACUCGUUGACUGUUAACUCAUCGUCUCUUUCACAAAAAUUCUAUUCUUCUUCAUUUUCGUUUUUCUUCCAUUCUUCAUCGUCCUGUUGCAUUCCAACUCAACCCCAUCUCAGAAUCAUUGCGCUUCUUAGGGGUCGUUUCAGGAGAUUUUGAUUCUAACCGUUGGUUGAUGGUGAUGAGAAAUUGUGUGUUUGAUGGCUGACACCAAGAGAUAUGUUCCCAUUCAGCAAUUAGAUUUGGUACGAAUAUUACAAGAAGCACAGAGUAGAUGGCUUCGGCCAGCUGAAAUAUGUGAAAUUCUUCGAAACUACAAAAAGUUUCAAUUAGCACCAGAUCCUCCAGUUCAGCCUCCAGCUGGAUCCUUGUUCCUUUUUGAUCGCAAAGCACUUAGAUAUUUUCGUAAAGAUGGUCAUAGAUGGAGGAAGAAGAAAGAUGGAAAAACUGUCAAAGAAGCUCAUGAAAAGUUGAAGGCCGGAAGCGUGGAUGUUCUGCAUUGUUACUAUGCACACGGUGAGGACAAUGAGAAUUUCCAGCGAAGAAGUUAUUGGAUGCUUGAUGGGCAAUUAGAGCAUAUUGUCCUUGUACAUUACAGAGAAGUAAAGGAGGGAUGCAAGCCUGGCAUGUCUCGUGUGUCAGUUGAUCCAGGGUUACAGGCUGAAGGUUGUCAAGGUGGUUCAACACCCUUUUUCUUGCAGGAGCCCUCAUUUGUUGGCUCAGUUCAUGCUUUACGUCCAUUCAAUCCUAGUCAAACAGUGCCCUCAAGAAAUGCGGGUGUGGAUUCCAGUGGGAAUCACUCCGGAGUCUCUUCUCAUGUGCAUCAAGUGUUUAAAUCCAGCAUCUCACCUGCGUCUUUUCCUGCAGGUGAUGUUUCAGGAUCAUCUGAUUUGUAUGGACAAGAAAUCGUGAUUAUUCAAUCUGCCACAAUUGAUCCCAUUACACACAAGGCAACAGAUGCUAGAUUUGAUUCUGGUGGAUUAGUAGAAAAUAUGGUAAAUAGUGAAAGUGGCUUGAUUACUGAUUCUAAAGUACCUGCUGUGAAACCAGUCUCUCAAAGAUCUGUUCAGAUUGGAAAGACGACCAAUGAUAAUUUGGACCUUGAAGGUCUUGGAGAACUCAGAAAACUUGACAGUUUUGGCAGAUGGAUGGAUAAGGAAAUUGGAAGAGAUUGUAAUGAUUCUUUGAUGACUUUGGACUCUGGUAAUUAUUGGUGUGGACUGGAUGCUGGAAAUGAUGAGAAGGAAGGUUCCAGUUUAUCACAUCACAUGCAGCUGGAUGUUAAUUCACUUGGGCCUUCUCUUUCCCAAGAACAGUUAUUCAGUAUUUUUGAUUUUUCCCCAGAUUGGACAUAUUCUGGAAAUGUAACAAAGGUCCUAAUAGUUGGCUCGUUCUUGGGCAGCAACAAACUUCCUGUAGAAACACAGUGGGGAUGCAUGUUUGGUGAAGUUGAGGUUCCUGCAGAAGUUCUGACAAACAAUGUACUUCGAUGCCGAACUCCUCCUUUGCAUGCUCCAGGGCGUAUUCCCUUCUACGUGACAUGCUGCAAUAGGCUAGCCUGCAGUGAGGUUAGAGAGUUUGAAUAUCUUGAGAAGCCAUCAACCCUUUCAUUACCUAAUGCUCCCAAGUGUGCACCAGAAGAUGAAUUAUGGUUUCAAAUGCGUCUGAUAAGAUUAUUGAAUUUAGGUUCAGAGGAAAAUUUGUCGAAUUGCUCUACUAACAAAUGUGAGAAAUGCCAAAUCAUAGGUUUGAUAAAUUCAUCCAGAAGUGAUGUUGCAAAAUGGAGUAUGCCAGAAGGUUCAUUAAAAAGUGAUGGGAUGAACCAUAGGGAUUAUAUGAUCCAAAGUUUGCUGGAGGACAAACUAUGCAAGUGGCUGGCAUGCAAGGUUCACGAUGGAACUAUGGGAACCCAUGUUUUAGAUGAUGAGGGCCUAGGUAUCAUUCAUUUGGCAGCUGCUCUUGGCUAUGCGAGGGCCAUAGGAUUGAUAAUUGCUUCUGGGCUCAGUCCAAACUUCAGAGAUUCAAAUGGAAGGACAGCUCUUCACUGGGCAUCUUACUUUGGGAGGGAAGAGACUGUCACUACACUGGUUAGCUUAGGCGUUUCUCCGGGUGCUGUGGACGACCCAACUUCAGGAUUUCCAAGAGGACAAACUGCUGCUGAUUUGGCAUCAAGUAGAGGGCAUAAGGGUAUUGCUGGAUAUUUAGCUGAAGCUGAUCUUACAGCACAUUCGUGUACUUUGACUGAUGGUGAAAAUUUUAAGGAUAACAUCAAAGAAAAUGCUAACGUUGAUGAGGCUAUUGAGCCAGCAGAUGUUGUACCAUCACAAUUGGCAGAGGAUGAACUACUUUCUCUCAAGGGCUCUCUUGCUGCUGUCAGAAAGUCUGUUAACGCUGCUGCCUUAAUCCAUGCUGCUUUUCGUGCCCGCUCAUUUCGUCAUAAACAGUUAAUGGAAAAUGACAAGGGGAUGAUACAUGAAGGUUCACCUGACUUGGUAGCUCUUGGCAUUUUAAAUAAGGCUGAAAAAAUUCAUUAUGAGGAUUAUUUACACGUUGCAGCUUUGAGAAUACAACAAAAUUAUCGUGGCUGGAAGGGAAGAAGAGAAUUUUUGAAGAUAAGAAACCGAAUUGUAAAAAUCCAGGCUCAUGUGAGAGGAUAUCAAGUUCGCAAACAGUAUAGAAAGGUCAUUUGGUCUGUUAGUAUUGUAGAAAAGGCAAUUCUACGCUGGAGGCGGAAAAGAGUUGGUUUGCGAGGGUUCAAGGCUGCAGGGGUGACGGGGGAAGUCGUUGCCCCACAUCCAAAUAUGGAGAAAAGUGAUGAAUACGAGUUUCUACGAAUCGGCCGCCGACUUAAAUAUGCUGAUGUUGAAAAGGCUCUAUCCAGAGUCAAGUCCAUGGCUCGUUCUCCAGAGGCUCGCCGUCAGUAUAUGAGAUUGGUGGCAAACUUCAACAAAUUUGAGAUAAAUGAUGAAGAAACCAGUGGGAGUUCACAAGAAAUCCACGAGGAAAAGCAUUUUCCUUCAUUUGCAGCUUGAUCAAUGAGUUUACAUUUGUAAAUGUCAUUUUUAGUCUCUUAGAAUUUGUAGGAAAAUGCUGACUAAUUGCAAAGGAAACACCUCUUCUUUUUUGGUCACUUCAGUGUAAAUAAUUCAAAUUUUGAAACGUUGUGUUCCUAUGAAAAAUGAAAAAUAAAGUUCAUAAAUAAAGUUCUUUUAGGGCGGUUGA